CAAUUACACUUCACUUGUACGGGUUCUAACCUUCUUUAAGAUACAUAUAUAUAGAACAAUAGAAGUGAAGACAGAGAGAGAUUUAAGAGAUUAUAUAAAUGCUAGAAUUGCUUUGAAACAAACAAUUCCAUUUCAUAAUUUUGACCAUUCCUAUUCUUCUUCUUCAUAUCUUCCUCUAUCUUCACUUCUUUUUUUUUUUUCCUUUGUUCUUUCUUUAAAAUGGUUUCUUCUUCUUUUCCAUUAACCCAAGUUUCACCUUCUUAAUUCCUCUUUCAUUUUCAUCACUUCAUGCAUGAACUAGUUAUCCUUAACCCUAUAUAAACUACCUAUUUUCAUCAUUUUAACACUUCAAUCAUCCAAAUCUAACAUUUAUUCACUUUUUCUCCUAAAGAUAUAUACUAUCUCUAAAAAAGAUAGUUAAACACACACACACAUAUAUAUAUAUAUAUACACACAAUAUAUAUAUAUAUAUAUAUAUGGGUUCAAUGAAUUGGUUAGGUUUCUCUUUAUCUCCUCAAGAACUUCCUUCACAAACUCCUGAUCAUGGUAGUAAUCAAGAUCACCAUCAUCAUCACUUUACAAGCAACAACAAUGGAGAGUGUUUCGAUCUCGGGCCCGGCUCAACGCCUCAUUCUUCUCUCAAUCACAUCCCUUCUUCCUUUGGAAUCCUUGAGGCCUUCCAUAGAUCAACUAAUGAUCAAUCCCAAGAUUGGAACAAUAUGAAGGGAAACUCAGAGCUUAGUAUGCUAAUGGGAAACCAAGAAGUUGAAGAGGAGCCAAAACUAGAAAACUUUCUAGGGAGUAGUCACUCUUUUAGAGAGAAUCAUCAUCAAAAUAAUGGAGAUCUCUACAUGUUUAAUACUACACAUGAUAACAACAAUAAUAGUACUAUGUCAAACCCUAAGGAUAUUACUAGUCCUGCUAGUAAUAAUAAUAAUAAUAAUAAUAACGGACUCAAUGUUUCAAUGAUCAAGACAUGGUUGAGAUCAAACCACCCUCCUCAAUCAAAUAUAGUGGAUGGUGGUGGUGGCAGUGGUGGCGGCGGGGCGAAUGCACAAACAUUAUCCCUUUCAAUGGGAACUGGUGUGUCCCAAUCCGCCUUGCCGCUACUAGCGGCAGGAGGAGGAGGUGGUGGUGGUGGAGGAGAGAUAGAGAGUAGUUUGUCUGAGAAUAGUAGUAGUAAUAAUAAACAACAAUUAAGUGAUACAACGGCCGGGAUAUGUAAUAACACAGCUAGUACUAUUACUGCUAUCGUUGAUGUUCAAAGUAGUGCACUAGAAAGCGUUCCUAGGAAAUCUAUUGAUACAUUUGGACAACGUACAUCCAUUUACCGUGGUGUAACAAGACAUAGGUGGACUGGGAGAUAUGAAGCUCAUCUAUGGGAUAAUAGCUGUAGGAGAGAAGGGCAGACUCGUAAGGGCAGACAAGUUUAUUUGGGGGGUUAUGACAAAGAAGAAAAAGCGGCUAGAGCUUAUGAUUUGGCUGCACUUAAAUAUUGGGGUACCACUACCACCACCAACUUUCCUAUUACUGAUUAUGAAAAGGAAGUUGAGGAUAUGAAGCAUAUGACACGCCAAGAAUAUGUGGCAUCUCUACGAAGGAAAAGUAGUGGAUUUUCUCGUGGUGCAUCAAUUUAUCGAGGAGUAACAAGGCAUCAUCAGCAUGGUCGUUGGCAAGCAAGGAUAGGUAGGGUUGCAGGCAACAAAGACCUCUACCUGGGAACUUUCAGUACACAAGAAGAAGCAGCAGAAGCAUAUGAUAUAGCAGCAAUAAAGUUUAGGGGAUUAAAUGCAGUAACAAACUUUGAGAUAAACAGGUAUGAUGUGAAAGCCAUACUUGAUAGCACCACACUUCCUAUAGGAGGAGCAGCAAAGAGGUUAAAAGAUGUGGAGGAUUUAACCACAAUUACUCCAGAUAAACAGAUUAUUAGGGCAAUUACUUCGAGUAAUGAUAAUAAUCAUGAAAAUUCUCAGCUUACUAAUUUUGGUAAUGGGACUCCCAAUUUCCAUUCCUGGCCUGGAAUCGCAUUCCCACAAGCUCAACCACUUGCAAUGCAUUACCCUUAUGCAACUUCUCAACAACAACAACAACAACAACAAAGGUUUUGGUGUAAGCAAGAAGUUCAAGAUACUACUAAUGAUUACCAAGAUCAUCUUAAUCAGCAGCUUCAAAUGAAUAAUGGGACACAUAAUUUCUUUCAGAUGCAUAAUUUGAUGGGGUUGGAGAAUUCUUCUACUAGUUUGGAGCAUAGUUCUGGGUCGAAUUCCGUCGUUUAUGGGAAUGGGAAUGGGAAUGGGAAUGGAAAUGAUCAUGGUGUUGGGAAUGGGUAUGGAUUACCCUUUGGGAUGUCAACAGUAAUUGCUCAUGAUGGGAAUGGGAAUGGAAGUGGGAAUGGGAAUGAACAAAGUGGGUAUGAGAAUUAUUACUAUCUUUCACACCAAGGAAAUAAUAAUAAUCAUGGUAAUGCUGCUGGUGUAAGAGGAGCUGUUGGGACUUAUGAUCAAGGGUCAGCUUGUAACAAUUGGGUCCCAACGGCGAUUCCGACACUCGUUCCGAGGCCGAAUAAUAUGGCGGCUGUUGGUGGUCAUGGUGGAGGAGGAAUCCCUACUUUCACUGUGUGGAAUGACACCUAAAUUUCGGAAUGAGAAGGAAAGGGAAAGGGAAUGGGAAAAGGGGUUAAUAAGGUGGAAAGAAAGAAGAAGGUUUGGGGUGUACACAACUCAUUUCCUAGGCUUGAUUUUUUCACCAAGUAUUUGUUUGUUAUUCUACAUAUUUAACUAACUAGGAGGAUGAUUAAUUGAUCUAGGUAUUUUUUUUUUUUUAUUUCAUCUAUAUUUUCAGAUUAUAUGAUAUGGGAAUUGCACAGGGAUCUAGCCCGGAGUUCAGUAAUAGCAAAAGAUUUGAGUGGUACCCUCACUUUUGCUAUGAUUUUGGGAACUUUGGGUGAAUUAGAUCCUCGGAAAGUUUUUUUUUUCUUUUUUUUUUCCUUUAUGUGACUUGAUUACCAGGCUUUGUAAUUUUGAAGUAACUAACAUUAUGAUCAUGAUGAAUGAUGAUACAAAGAAUGGGAGCUCUCCUUUCUGUA